GCUCGAUCAGCGGGGGCGCAGCUGCGGCGGAGCGGCGGGCGCCGACUGGGCGUCCACUGCCUCCGCUCCCCGCCUCCUUCCUCGGCUCCCGGUUCCUCCCCGCAGCCGCCCCGAGACCUCCCGGGAGACUCAGGUUAGGAGCGUGUUAGGGGCAAAGCCCCCGAAGCGAGAACGUACUGCCUCUUCCAAAAAUGCAUGCAUUGUAAACGUGGGAGGAUGGCAUAGGAAGCAGACGGCGAUGACAUUUUUUUUAGGUGAAUUGUGCACCGCUAUUCUGCCCUCAGUGCUGAAUUGCCUGGUGAAGACUCUUGUUUACAUCUACAUCUAGACACAGACACCUGAAUGCAUGCGCGGUGAGUCCUUACUCUGCUGGGACGUAGAAGGGAACUUCCAGAGCAAAAAGAGAAUAUGCCUCCCAAGUUCAAGCGCCACCUGAACGACGACGAUGUCACCGGUUCUGUGAAAAGUGAAAGGAGAAAUCUUUUGGAAGAUGAUUCAGAUGAAGAAGAGGACUUUUUUCUACGGGGACCAUCUGGACCAAGAUUUGGACCUAGAAAUGAUAAAAUUAAGCAUGUUCAGAAUCAGGUGGAUGAAGUUAUUGAUGUCAUGCAAGAAAAUAUUACAAAGGUCAUUGAAAGAGGGGAGAGACUAGAUGAACUCCAGGACAAAUCAGAAAGCUUGUCGGAUAACGCAACUGCUUUUAGCAACAGAUCCAAACAGCUUCGACGGCAGAUGUGGUGGCGAGGAUGCAAAAUAAAAGCCAUCAUGGCGUUGGUUGCUAUUAUCCUUUUGUUGGUGAUCAUCAUUGAUGUGGUCUGACUAUCAGGAUUGAGUAAUGAUUUCUGACCCCAGUCAAGAGCUCUUAGCCUAAACUCUGUGAUCUCUGAAAAUGCUUCUAAAUUGUAUGCAAACGCAAGGCUAAGUGCUUUGUUUGAGGCCAAAUAUGGCUACUAUUACACCACAGCCACAGCUCUCAUCUGCUUAUUAUCAACCAGAAGGAAUGGCAGCUUGCAUCUCUUAGUAUUGUUGGAAGGACAAAUCUAGAUAAGCUCUUUAGAUGAUUUUUUUUUGUUUGUUUCUGUUUUGGAUUUGAGCUUGAUUUCAGUCAUUAAUAUUCUUAAUAUUCUUUUAAAGUAAGAUCAUUUUUAUAUCUCAUUUUCUCCAAGGCCUCUUUCCCUGUGUUUACAGGGACUUUAUUAAGAUUUGGAAAGUGUCUCAAAAUAAUCAUUUGAAAAACUCCAUGGUAAUAUUCUCUUUUUAAAGUGAAAAGAGUUUUGUUGCAAAGAAAUUGAGUCGAUCCUCACCCAUUCUAGGUUUGUGGAUUCUGAGUUUGUGAAUUCACCUGCUAGCGGAACAGUGAUUUGUUACCCACCUCAGUACUUGAGCUGCGUUUGGUCAUUGCAUUCAGAGCAGUGAAAACUGAGUCCCUGAGGCGCACGUUCCCAGCUGAUGUCUGACAGGCCAGGCCAUCUUCCAGUGUUGCUCUCACAUGUAAACGAGGUCCUUCCGGUGAGCGCCAUGUUUCUCGCAGUAGUGCAUUUCGUUGGCGGUCUCACCAUUUAACGUGGCCCGGGUGCAGUGCUAAAGUGUCCGUAUUGCUGAGUGCAGCCAGGCUGGGAUGUGCUGGAAGGAGAAAAUCGACCGUUUGCUAGGCUUCACUUAGGUCUCGGUUCCCAUGCUCUCAGCCAUGAAUUCAAUAGCAUAUGUUACACAGGGUGUCUUUCAAUAAAAAGGCUAUGUACUGACCGGUGACAGACUGUGCCCAGGGGCCUGCAGGAAUUUAACCCUGUAUUUCCUGUAGGAGCAGUGGGUUAGUGUUCACUAAUUCAGUGUUUGUGGAGACUUUAUAGAACAUAACACUGCAUGUACCAAGAUGCAGCCAUACACUGUGGUGAUGAUAAGCAGGAACUGCCACGGCCAAACAAAGAAAGGGUUUGUGGAGCCAAGGGCUCGCCAGGAAAGGACUGGGCCCUGGGCCUGAAGUCUGAGCCGGCAGCAGGGCUGGAGCAGAAGACAGGGCCCCUGUCCUGGAGGGACAGGCUGUCGGUUGUGCUUCAUGGAGGCAGCAGUAUCACUAGCAAUGUUACCAUUGUAAAUGGCGGACUGACAUGACGUGGCCAACGGUCUUAUUACAGCACAACUGACAAAGAAAUGUGCUCUUCUCCGCAACUCAUGUUUACGAUAACUAGAAUUGCAAAUGAUAAUAUCAGGACAUUGUAGAUACUUGGCAAUUUUAUAUAUAAUUUCAAAAAGAACAUUCAUUUUAAUAAUCUAUGCAUAAAUACCACAGGUAGUUUUUUUGACAGUGCUUUCUGCUUCCAUGUAAUAGCAAAUAGGCCUGGUUAGUUUAAUUUCCUCUUUUGUAAAGAGAAAUUUCUUUGAAGUUUUUCAGAGCCCAUUUUAGAUAAAAACAUGCACGAUUCAGCCCCAUAUUUCUUAUAGCACUGGUCCAGGUUUCUACACAGGAUUUGGGGGAGGUUUAGGGGUUUUGACUUCCCAUAAUUUAAAAAAUUUGUUCCUGAUCAACCAAGGCCAAGGAAUUGCUUUGGGUCUGAAAUGUGCUAAUUUUGAGUGCCGCUCCGAGGUUGGUGGCUCCUCUCUUAUGUGACUCAGAGGAGCCUGGGCAACACACAGUAUUCAGGAGGCUGGAAUACUUGGGUGACCAAGCCCUUGUGUAUACUGACAAGCCGGAAAUGUUCCUUCUAACCCUAAAUCUGGGAGUAUGUUUUCUUGUUGGGGACCCUGUGAGACAGCUACAUCUCUCAGACAAUAAGUAGACACUUAUGCAAAUGUUUCUCAUCACCUGGAAACACCCCUGAGGGGCCAGAAGUAGCAAUGGUCUCUCUUUUUUGGAGUGAAAAAUCACCAUCUUAUAAUUUCAGACCUAUAAACUAAUGGGGUCAGUCCAUUAGAACUCAAGCUGUAAUUGCAUCAAAUGGCCACAAGAUGUCACUAUAAGCCCAGUUAACACCCACCCACCCCCAAGUGAAAGU